AAAAAGACUCUCUCUGUACCACUUCAAACUUCAUUUCCUAUUCUAUAAGGUCGGCGAUUAUCGAGUCCACGGCGUUUCUCUAUUCCUCCUUAAGUUGUCUCUACUCAGAGGCUUGCUACGUUUUGCCACCGCCGGUAAAUCUCUUAAGUGACUUAAUCACGUAUGGCUAGUAAUACUUUACAAGACUUGAGCUCUCUUCCUGUAACUGGUGAAUGUAAAGCAAGCUUAACUAAACCUUGUGUUGGGAAGAUGAAUGGAGAUAGACCAUUACCAAGCUCUGUUGCUUUGGAUCCCAGUCUUGUGGAAACAGAGAAACCUGAGGCGGAGAAAGCUACAGUGGAAGUUGAAUAUAUUGAAUCUGAGAAGUUGAAUAAUGUUGACGAUGCUGAUGCCGUUCUCAAGACGGUUGUAGCUGGUCUUGACUCCAAGGAUUGGGUAUCAGUCUGUGACGCUCUUAAUAAUGUUCGUCGCCUUUCUAUAUUCCAUAAGGAAGCAAUGCUGCAUUUGCUCGAAAAAGUGAUCCCACUUGUCGUGAAAUCACUCAAGAAUCCUAGAAGCGCCGUAUGUAAAACCGCAUGCAUGACAUCUGCUGACAUCUUCACUGCAUAUAACGACCACAUAACAGAUCUGCUGGAUUCUCUGCUUACUCAACUUCUCCUCAAAUCUUCACAAGACAAAAGGUUUGUCUGCGAGGCAGCAGACAAGGCCUUAAUAUCAAUGACCAAAUAUGUUUCCCCAACUUUGCUGUUACCAAAGCUGCAACCUUGUCUCAAGAACAGGAACCCUCGGAUCCGUGCAAAAGCAUCUUUAUGCUUUUCCCGAAGUGUACCCCGACUGGGCGUUGAAGGUAUUAAAGAGUAUGGAAUCGACAAACUAGUUCAAGCGGCCGCAUCUCAGCUUAGUGAUCAGCUCCCUGAAUCCCGUGAGGCUGCACGGACCGUCCUACUGGAACUUCAGUCCGUGUAUGAAAAAGCUCAUCCUCUCAUCAAACCCGUGACUUCAUCAGCAUUGCCAGAGGAAGAGCAAAUCCUGGAGGCAGAGCCGAUUACUUGGGAGAUCUUCUGCAAGUCAAAGCUGUCGUCUCUAAGCGCACAAGCCGUGCUUCGUGUCACCAAUGUUGUGUCAGUGACUGCCACUCGGGAGGGUUUGGUUACUACAGGUUCAUCUUCUUCAUCAUAGUUAUAACCAUUGUCUACUACUUUAUGGAUUGUCCUUUUAAAACUGUUUGCUACGGAUCAUACGGUUACAUGGUAUUCCUGGGCCGUGAUCUACCAAAUUGGCAAAUUAUGGACACACAAAGAGAGUGAAAACCGGUUAUCAAAAUCUUGGUUAUUUUUUUCUUUUUGCGAGUCUUUUUCUCUUCGGUCUUCUUCAUCAGUGAUUUUCUUCUUUUUUAUUCUUUUUUCUGUGUAUAUAUCUAUAUCAAGAAUCUAUACUAUAUAAAAGUUGAG